UAGUUAAAAAAAUAAUAUAAUUAUAAAAAUCUACUAAUAGUGAUCUAAGAAGUGUGCGUGGAGGCCUACACUAUAAUGACACUACACGACAUGCCUCUAUAUGAAUUGCUCUAUUGUGAUGCAGAGGAGAGAGGACUACCUCAUGUUUGCAAUUGGACGGAGACACUGGCUUGCCUGGGCCGCUACUGGGGGCGGCGCAGGGCAUAUCGAUCCGCCCGCAGCGCCCACCGCUCCGAGUCCAGCCUUCUUAGGCUAGAUUUAGGCUGGGCGUUAGGCUAACAGCUGGAG